AUGGUGACGAGGAAGAUUUGGGUCAAGAGGCCUUUGGCUUCUCCUACGUUAAUCACAAUAAAUGAAGAUGACUUGGUCGACGAUGUUCGCGAUUUGAUUCUGCGAAAAUAUGCAAAUUCUUUAGGACGUCAGUACGAUGCUCCUGACCUAACCCUUCGCAUAUGUGAUAGAGAACAACAGACGACGAGGCCGUUGCAACCCGACGAACCGAUGGGCAGGACCCUUGACGCAUAUUAUCCUGGUGGCCAAUCCGUGGACGACGCUUUGCUGAUUGAUAUUCCUUCCCGCCGAACCCCCAAGGCCUCUCCGAAUCCUAGGUAUUAUGGCGACGACCGGCCUCACGAGUCGGCAACCGACUACUUUCCACCGUAUCCGCCCAUUCCACAACACCCGACCUCUUCCUCGACCACAGUUACUACCGGCCCUCAUCAACUACACUUUCCUCCAUCCUUGACUGUCAUCAGCGGAGGCCAACUACCACCGUUACCCUCCCCCGGCGGGACGAGACGACUUGGAUCUUCCCGACCCAAGAUCCAGAGAAUGCACACCGCUUCGCCAGUUUCUACUGCCACCAAUGGCCAUGGUUCACAAACUGGAGCGCCACCUAUCGGUAUGCACAACUAUCCAAGACAGCCACGUUCAAGGACUCAUUCAGGUGCAUCUUCAGAACAAUCCAAUCAUCCGCCUGUCGCUCCCUCGAUACCCACUCCUCCGAUCCCAGAGCGUACCGCUACCCCUCCUCCUCCCCGCGUCUCCUCCCCCCGACCCGUACAGCGACCCAAGAAGAACAAGAAGACGAUUGACCAUCCAUCCCUACCGCCCGGUAUGCUGAACGGUGGCGUCCCGCCCAUCAACGUUCUCAUCGUCGAAGACAACAUCAUCAACCUAAAACUAUUGGAGGCAUUCGUCAAGCGAUUAAAAGUCCGAUGGCAAACCGCGAUGAACGGAAGGGAAGCCGUGAACAAGUGGCGCGCCGGUGGGUUUCAUUUGGUUCUCAUGGACAUCCAACUCCCUGUCAUGAGCGGUCUCGAAGCUACUCGUGAGAUUAGACGAAUAGAAAAGGUCAACUCUAUCGGCGUCUUCUCGUCAUCCGCCAGCAGUCCGCCGGAUGAAGUCAAGGCAGAACCUGCCGAGGAAGAUAAGCUGGUCAACACGGAAAUGUUCAAGAGCCCUGUCAUCAUCGUCGCCUUGACGGCGAGUUCGCUGCAAAGCGACAGACACGAGGCCUUGGCUGCCGGUUGUAAUGAUUUCUUGACCAAGCCCGUCAACUUUGUCUGGCUCGAACGGAAAGUAAUGGAAUGGGGCUGUAUGCAGGCUCUGAUUGACUUUGAUGGAUGGAGAAAAUGGAAGGAUUUCUCACAGAAGACAGAGGUGGACGAUUCCAAGAAGGCCGUCGCGAACAAGGGGUCCAAGAUGCCGAAGAAGGGACGAUUUUCUAUGGCAGCCGCAGCAUGA